CGUCAAGGGCGCUUCCGCCCAUGGAGUUUCAAAAUAAAAGACCACGCACGGUUGAAAACGAUGCGUUCGGUUUCCAUAGCAACGGAUAAACGGUACAGCGAGGCAGAAGGACGCAGAAGAAGAAACAUGGUUUAUAUCACGGAGGACAUGGUGCGGAGGCGGGCGGAGCACAACGAGGGGGAGAUCUUCUCCCUGGAGGAAGUGUCCCUCCAUCAACAGAACAUCGAGAGGAUUGAACACCUGGAGAAGUGGUGCCGAGAGCUCAAGAUCCUCUACCUGCAGAACAACCUCAUCCCCCGGAUAGAGAACGUUGGGCGCUUGAAGAUGUUGGAGUAUCUGAACCUGGCCUUGAACAACAUUGAAGCCAUUGAAAACCUUGAAGGGUGCGAGAGCCUGAAGAAGCUUGACCUGACGGUGAAUUUCGUGGGCCGUCUGAGCAGCGUGGCCUCGCUGAAACACAACCUCCACCUCCGAGAGCUCUUCCUGGUGGGGAACCCCUGUGCCGCGUUCCAGGGGUACAGGCAGUAUGUUGUGGCCUCCCUCCCCCAGCUACAGUCGCUGGACGGCCAGGAGGUGAGCCGGUCGGAGAGGAUCCGGGCGGAGCAGGGCCUGGAGGAGGUGAGGCGCAGCGUCCGGUGGCAGGAGGAGGCGUACGCCCGGAGGAGGGCCCAGGAGAAGGAGGAGGCGCGGCGGGGCGGAGCUGCUGGGGCGGAGCAGAGUAGAGCCCCUCGGGGCAGAAGCGCUGGGUGGGAGGAGAGCGAGGAGGAGCGGCAGGACAGAGAGUUCUGGGAGAAGCCGUGCGCCUUCUCGCCCGAGUCUCGGUUGGAGGCACACCGCCACCUGGAGGCCAAGCAGAAAACUACAACCUUGGAGGGAGAGCCGACCCCCAAGACCCCCAGGACCCUCAUAACAGCUGAAGGCCGCGCCCUCAACCUCAACCAGCCCAAGCUGGACUUCUGUCUGUCUGAGGACGAGGAAGCCAACAGCAUCAAGCUGGACCUGGCUGUGUACAGACACAUGGAUACGUCCCUGUUGGAGGUCGACGUGCAGCCAACCUACGUGCGAGUGACCGUCAAAGGAAAGAUCUUUCAGCUGGUCCUGCCGGCGGAGGUGAGGCCCGACAGCUGCUCGGUGCGGAGGUCCGGGACCACCGGACACCUGCUGCUCACCAUGCCCAGGGCUGCGGGGGAAAUCCGAGCCGCCACCAGGGUCCUGGCUCCGGCCUCGGCCCGGUCCAGCAGAGACCUGGGUCCAGGCCCGGCCCGGUCCAGCAGAGACCUGGGUCCGGACCCGACCCGGUCCAGAACCUCCCGGACCGGAGGAGCAGGGAGGUAUGUGAUUGGUCGAGAGUGGCUGGAGGCGGACCCCGCCCACCGCUCCGUGGUGGACCUGACCAACAUCGUAGCGCGGGAGGGAGGCGAGGGGGGCCCCCUGGAGGGGAGGGGGCCCCUGAGGCCGACCGACCCCUCGAAGGGAGCCCGCCUCUCUGAAGACUUCGUUGACGACCCCGAUGUCCCUCCGUUGAUGUGACGCUCCAGUCUGCUCCCCGUUGGUAUGACAACGGACCGGUCUUUACCAGUCUGGCCCCCCCCGUUGACGUGACAACGGACCAAUAUCUGGACCAGUAUCCGGACCAGUGCCGGUACGGACCAGUCUGAUCCGGUUGGCACGGAGACCAUGUCUGACAUCUCGACACAAAGGACUUCCUGUUGACUUUUCGAGCGGCGGGAGUCUGAGAGAGUUCUUCAAUGUAAACAGAGGAGAGUUGGUUCUGUUUGUCAAUGCGCACACAAAACAUAUCCUCUGUCCUCGAGUGCUUCUGUGUUCGGACGGCGUCACGGCACGGGGCGACGUGUUAUCACGUUUUCUUGGUGUGGUACUUCAACAAAGCGUGCCCUUGUGUUGUACUGUGAGACCCGUGGUGGUCAGGGAAGGGGCCAGCCCUCUCACCCCCCUGUCCUCCUCUUCAGUGGGCCGACCCCUGGCUGCCCCCCCUUGCCUCACCUGCUUCUGUAUUCACAGCCGGUUUCCCUUUGAAUAAAGAACCUGGCGGUUUGGGACCGACCACAGCAGCU